AUGACCUCGUUACUGCGCGGCCUUAUUUUGGCCUCUGCUGUCAUCCAGUCCGCCCAGGCAGUCACCUUGUCUGUUUCGACCAGUGGUGGCAAUGCAUCCAGUCCGCUGCUCUGGGGAUACAUGUUUGAGGACAUCAAUAAUUCCGGUGACGGAGGCAUUCACGGACAGGUGCUGAAGAAUAACGGGUUUCAGCCUGGAUACGACACAACACUCACUGCGUACGCAGCUGUGGGCGGCAGUACUCUGUCAAUUGACACUGCCAACCCGCUCUCUACGGCGAUUACUAGCACGCUGAAGGUUACCAACCCGUCCUCUCAUUCGGGUACUGUUGGUUUCUCAAACUCGGGCUACAACGGUGUUCCCGUGGAUAGAGGCACAUACAAGACGCUUGUCUGGAUCAAGGGAACGUACUCCGGCCAGGUCACAGUGUCUUUGGUAUCCAAUUCUACCGGAACUGUCUUCGGAUCGGUGGCAUUUUCGGUCAAGUCCACAUCUUCAGAGUACACCUACUAUGACGUGGACCUUCCAGUCACCCAAUCUUCUGUUGCCCUAGACAAUGUCUGGAGGCUGACUUACGAUGCAUCUGCUGCUACCGAUGGCCACUUGAACUUCGCCUUGCCCCAGCUCUUUCCUGAGACAUACAAGGGCCGGGCCAAUGGCCUCCGGAAUGAUGUGGCCACGUUCCUAGACGCUAUUGGCGGCUCGUUUCUCCGGUGGCCUGGCGGCAAUAAUCUCGAGGGAAACACAAUUGCGACAAGAUGGAUCUGGAAUGAAACCAUUGGACCGGUGCAGAACCGGCCUGGUCACCUCGGCACGUGGAGUUACAUCAAUACGGAUGCCCUUGGUCUGAUGGAAUACCUGUACUGGGCGGAGGAUAUGGGCAUAGCGAACGUUCUGGCUGUUUGGGCCGGUCACGCCUUAGAUGGGACGGUGGUCACGGGAAGUCAACUCGCCCCAUACGUUGACGACAUUCUGGACGAGCUCGAGUUCGUUCUGGGCGACUCUUCGACUCCAUUUGGAGCACUCCGAGCGUCGUACGGCCGGGAAGAGCCGUUCAAGGUGGACAUGAUUGAGGUCGGCAACGAAGACAACCUUUCCAAAGGAUGCAGCAGCUAUGCAUCAAGGUUCACACAGAUCUAUAACGCCAUACAUGCAGCCUACCCUGAUAUCACCGUUAUUGCCUCAACGACGGACCAAAACUGCCUGCCCACCACCCUGCCCUCCGGUGUCUGGACGGAUAUUCACUACUAUCUCGAGCCAAACCAGUUUGUGGCAAGGUUCAACGAGUUUGACAACUGGUCGCGAACCUGGCCCAUCUUUGUCGGGGAGUAUGCCAGCACGACCGGCAAUGAUGGCUCCACAACGUACUGGAGCAACCUGGUCGGCUCUUGCUCAGAGGCAGUGUACAUGAUUGGCCUGGAGCGCAACUCGGAUAUUGUCAAGAUGGCCAGCUUUGCACCACUGCUUGAGCACUUUGACCUCGCCGAGUGGAGCCCUGAUCUGUUUGGGUUGGACUCGUCUUCUGGCUCGCUUACCGGAUCCACAUCUUAUUACGUCCAGCAGCUCUUUGCAUCUAACCGAGGUACGACGAUUAAGCCAGUGACAUCCGACUCCGCCUUUGGGCCGGUGUACUGGGUCGCGUCAUCCACAAAUACGGGAACGUACUAUGUCAAGCUCGCCAACUAUGGCACCACCACACAGUCGGUCACAGUCAAGGUCCCAGGCGCUUCUUUCGGGUCGGCCAGCCUGCUGUUGCUGAGCGGUAACCCAACCGCCAGCAACUAUCCCCAUGACGUGACAAUAACCCCGACAAAAUCAACCCUUUCUGGAAGUGCAAGCGGUGGCUAUACUUUUAGCCUUCCGGAAUAUGCCGUUGCAGUCGUAGUUCUUGAAUAA